AUGGAAGGCAAGCAGGAGAGUCAAGAAAGGCUGGAGAAAUGCAUUUACGGCUAUUUAGUGGCAAAUAAUAUGCGAUCAGUUGCUGAUACCUUCGCCGCUGAGGCUCGUUUGAGUUCAUCUGUUAUUGAUUCCCCUCCAGAAAAAUUCCUCCAAGAUUGGUGGAGUGUCUUCUGGACGACUUACUCUUCUAGGCCUUCGAACCAUUUUCAAUCCAUACCAACAACUCCAUUCCAGGUGCCAAAUCCAUAUGGGAUUUCUAUGCCACCAAACAUUAUUGGUGGAACAACAGGUUUAUAUAAUCCACGACAGAUAUCCACAGCCACAAUGCCUGGAGAACCAGUUCAGCAUAAUCAGCAGCGGCGGCGGCGCCGCCGCUCACGACUUGCUCCGGUGGAGCAUGAUAAACCCUGCCGCCGCUCACGACUUGCUCCGGUGGAGCAUGAUAAACCCUGCCGCCGCUCACGACUUGCUCCGGUGGAGCAUGAUAAACCCUGCCGGUGA